UAUUUUAUAUCUUGUUGCUUGCUCCCAACGGACUCUUUCGGGAAAUUUACAUUAACCCUGUUUUCAUCUUCUCCACGAUGGCAAAAGCUAAAUUUAAGGGUAAGCGAAAGGCGGAAUAUGAUUUGGAGACCAAGCAACCCUUUCUCAAGAAACAUAAGAAGAAAAUAUCCAAGGACAAGGAGACAACCAAAGGACUUGCUGAUAGUCUCCAGCAGAACGACUUGUUGGAGACAAACUCUGAUCAGGCCAAUUUAAUUUCAGUCAAGGAAGCUGCCGUAAGAAAAAAGACGCUCUUUGUUGCCAAUCUCAAUUACGAAACUAAAAUACCAAAUAUCAUCGAUUUCUUCAAAAAGGUUGGAGAAGUUGUUCGUGUUCGACUUAUUGUAAAUCUCAAGGGUAAGCUUGUGGGCUGUGGCUUUGUUGAGUUUGCUUCUUCUAAAGAAGCAAAGAAGGCGCUGCGAAAGAAGAACGGUGAAUAUUUGCUCGAUAAUAAGAUUUUUCUUGAUGUGGCUAAUAAGAAAGCUACAUACCUUCCACCCAAGUACUGCAUAGAUCACAAGGUUUGGUACAAAGACUACAGUAGAGGAGAUUGCCUUCCGAUAGAAGAAGAUGAGACACCUCCCGAAUUUGAUGAGAAAGUACUCUUUGUUUCCAAUCUCUCUCCCCAAACUAAAAUAUCAGAUAUCUUCGAUUUCUUCAAUUAUGUUGGAGAAGUUGUUAGUGUUCGACUUAUCGUAAACCAUGAGGGUAAGCAUGUGGGCUAUGGCUUUGUUGAGUUUGCUUCUGCUAACUUAACAAAAAAGGCACUGGAAAACAAGAAUGGUGAAUAUUUGCACAAUCAUAAGAUUUUUCUUGAUGUGGCUAAGACAGCUCCAUACCCUCCACGACCCAAGUACAACCUUGCAGAGAAGUUUUGUUACGAAGACUACCUUCGACGAGAAAGCCUUCCGUUAGAAGAAGAUCAGACACCUCCUGAUUUUGUUGAGGCAGUUGGCGUAAGUACAAAGACGCUCUUUGUUGCCCAUCUCUCUCGUAAAACUGAAAUAUCGCAUAUCAUAAAUUUCUUCAAAGAUGUUGGAGAAGUUGUUCAUGUUCGACUUAUUCUAAACCACAAUGGCAAGCAUUUGGGCUGUGGCUUUGUAGAGUUCGGUUCUGCUAACGAAGCAAAGAAGGCAUAUGAAAAGAAAAACGGUGAAAAUUUGAACGAUUGCAAGAUUUUUCUUGAAGUGGCUAAGAUUGCUCCAUACCCUCCACCCAAGUAUUGCAUAGAUCACAAGGUUUGGUACGAAGACUACCUUCAACGAGAAAGCCUUCUGAUAGAAGAAAAUGAGGCAGUGGAAGGACUUGAUGAACCUCCCGUUUUUGUUGAGGAAGUUGCCGUAAGAAAAAAGACGCUCUUUGUUGCCAAUCUCUCUCACAAAACUAAAAUAUCACAUAUCAUCAAGUUCUUCAAAGAUGUUGGAGAAGUUUUUCGUGUUCGACUUAUUGUAAACCACAGGGGUGAGCAUGUGGGUUGUGGCUUUGUUGAGUUUGCUUCUGCUAACGAAGCAAAGAAGGCGCUGCAAAAGAAGAAUGGUGAAAAUUUGCGCAGUCAUAAGAUUUUUCUUGACGUGGUUGCGUUAGCUCCAUACCCUCUUCGACCCAAGUAUAACCUUGCAGAGAAGCUUUGGCACGAACGAGAAAGCCUUCUGAAGAAACAGAAGGCAUCUAAGUUGCUGAGCGAGAUGAGCGAAUUCUGCGGUACGAAGAUUAUCUUCUCUUACGACGAUGACGAAGACGACUGAUAGAAGAAGAUGAAGCUCUUUGGUGUUUGUUUUUUCUUAUGUUCUAGAUAAGUUUUUGUCUAAAUGUACACGUUAAACAAUUGGCUUAAUUUUGAAUGUUUUGAUGUUAAAUCAUUAUCUGCCUUGACUGAUUUUGUUGUCAAUAACCAUAAUCUCCCGAG